CUGCAUCGUGCACAACGUAGUCCGGUGGUCUCUGGUCAUGACAAAAAGAAGCCUCAUUCCAAGCCUCCUUCCAAGCCUCAUUCCAAACCUAACCCCCCCGGCAAGCCUGAGGGUCCUCCCCCUCCAAACUCUGCUCUGGGCCCCAAAAAACCAAUUGGCCACUGCAAGCCAAAGGGCAAGGGUAGUAAGGGAGGCAAAGGUGGUAAGGGAGACAAGGGACAGCAUAUUCCUAGAAGCCUGGACGAUGAUGCAACGGAGGAUGACUACGCCGGUAAAGAGAAUAAUCUCUAUGCUAGAGACGAUGCCGAUGGUCUUAGCUGCAAUGACGGCGUACCUAGCAUCGCUAGAAUUAAGGAAGAGCUCAAAAAUAAGACAGUGAAGGACUCCUGCCUCUUCUACUCCGGACCUCAGGGUUACUCCUACUCAAGUAAAGCGACGCAGUGGCGCAAUAAGCCGGAAAAUCGCCAGUACCGACUUCUCAACAUGAAUUGGAAAAUCCCCGAAUGGACCGAUCAAUGGAAGGACGACGAAGAUAUCAAAGUCCUAGACAAACGCGCCUCGCAGGCAAUGGCGGAGUUGUGCGCUGGCGAGGUAGUGGUUAUACUACCUAGCAACACUAAGGGCACUGUCUGGCAUAAGGGUACUGUGUGGGAUAAAUACGAGUGGCCAAACCUCAGCUCGGCCGUUACCAAAGUGACUCGGAUUAACCCAGAUAAUGAUAAUAAAGAGGUGAUCAAGGGCCACUAG